AUGCUAUUCCGACUUGUCUCCACACUUCUCCUAGCCCAAGCCACGUCGGCGUUCUUCUUCGGCGGUGGCGGAGGAUGUGGUUGCCAGCAGGCGCCCGCUUGCGCACCACCACCUCCAGCUCCAUGCUCUGGAGGGAACAUCGUGCAGGGAUACGCCGCUGCUCCACAAGGAUACGCCGCCGCUCCACAAGGAUACGCCGCCGCUCCACAGGGAUACGCCGCCGCUCCACAAGGAUACGCCGCCGCUCCACAAGGCGGAUUCUUCCCACAGCCACAAGGAUACGCCGGUGUUCCACAAGGAUUCCAGCCAGUCCCAGGACAAGCCCAAUACCAAGCGCCUGCUCCUGUUGGAGGAUAUCAAGCCGCACCGGCUCCAGUUGCUCCAGCGCCAGAGGCCCCAGCGCAAGUUCAAGCGGGAGGAGCGUACCAGGACACCCCAGUUCAAGUAGCUCAGGUUGCUCCAGCUCAGGAAGUCGUCCCAACUCAAGUCGAGGUUGCAGCUCCACCAACAGAUUCUGCUUACCAAGGGGUUAGUCGGAAUGAUAGUGAUUUUAAUUCCCAUUCGCAUUCGUUUCAGGAACAAGAAGUCGUUGCUUCUCUUGCUCGCGAAGAGCCAAACUACCAGGUAUGAUGCUUUCGCUUUGCUUUCAUUUCUCGCAUUCCCUUUUGCUUUCGCUUCAUCCAUCCCAACUGGAAUCAUUUUGCGUUGCGUUUAGCUUUUGCAUGAACCUGCUCGACCCCACUCGCACCCAUUUCCAAACUCAUUAUCCUUCACUCGCACUUCUUCUGCAUGCCUCACUUUCAGAACACUGGCACCAAUGUAAUCGAAGUCGCUCAGCGCGCCUCCGAGCUCGGAAAUCAGAUACUCGGAUCUCAGGUACUGUGAAUCACGUUAACAAGGGAACAUCACUCUAGAAUCUAUCAAUCUAAAAAAAAAAAAGAACGAUUUCUGAAAUUUCUGAAAUGUCUCAGGCUGCCGCUGCUGCCGCUAAGGUCGCCGAGGUUGUCGAAGAGGAGGAAGAGCCAAUCAAGAAGAAGGACGAGGGAAAGACGACGCACAAGAAGACCGUGAAGAGUCCGGCUUCUUCGACCACCGCCGCUUCGUCCACAGCCACCGAAUUCCCAGUUGGAGAGGAGAUUGUCGCCGACACCAACGAGAAGGAAGUCGAUAUCAGCGAGCUCCAUCUGACUGACGACCCGCUCUGCAACUCUGACGACUUGAGAAAGGUUGUCAUCGAUGUGAGUGCCUUGCUUCCUUUCUUUUCGUUUUUCGUCAUGACAAUGUUUUGUUUGCAGAACAUUGACGACCAAUUAAACAGCUCGAAGAGAAUGAUCCAAUUGGCAGCUGAGGCGCAAUUCGGUGGACGAUUUGAUGUGAUUUGCGCAAAUGGCGAUUUUAGGUGAGAAUGGCGCAAUUUUAUAACCCUCAUAACAUCUAUUCUUGCAGCUACGUCACCAACACCGAGCUCUACUGCCAGGAAACAAAGGGAGACAUCUCGUGCUACACCUACAGACAGCUCUAA